AUGACUGCUACAUCGAGCGACUGGAUCUUCUCGGAACAGGAGCUGCGCUCCACGCCUUCCCAGCGUGACGGCAUGAAGUACACUGACGAACUCGUGCUUCGCCGCAAGGCGUGUGACUUCAUUGAGAAGAUGUCGAAAGCCUUGGACCUGCCCAAGCUUGCUCAGAUCAGUGCAGACAACUACCUCCACCGUUUCUACAUGCGACAGUCGAUCGUGCGCUACGACAAGUACCUGGUCGCCGCUGCUUGUGUGCUGCUUGGCUCCAAGGCCGAAGAAAGCCCCAAGAAGAUCGGCUACGUCGCCAGGGAGUACAUAGCAGUGCGUAAGGUCGUUGAGAAGGACCAGGUCUUCUCCAUUCAGAAGCAUGACCCGCAAGUGAUUGCUGGCAAGAUCAUCUCUAUGGAAGGCGUUGUACUACACAACCUAGCCUACGAGCUGACACUGUCGCACCCGUACAAGUACAUCAAUGAGAAGGUGGACAAGGUGGUGCGUCUGCAGCACCUGAGCGAGCAGGAGACGAAGAUCCAGAGCAGCAAGAUCAAGCAGGUGGCAUGGUCGUUCCUGAACGACAGCGCCUACACCGUGGCGUGUUUGCGACUUGAAUCAGUGGACCUAGCGGCUGGUGCCGUGUACUUGGCUGGACUCUACGAGAGUUACGUGCCGGAGGACCUGUGCACCGCCUGCGGUCAACCGUGGUGGAGUGCGUUGGCGACCCCUCUUCAUACCUUGCAAGGUAUUGCCAUGGCUAUUUAUUUGUCAUGUGUGGUGACAAUUUUUAAAGAAAGAUGUGUUCUUUCCCCGUUUGUCUAG